UUGCUUUUGAUUUUUUCGUGGACAGAUCCAUCUUCCGCGCAAUUGGAUUUCUCUUCUUCGUUAUUUCUUCAAUUGAAGCCGUCUGUAUUGUUUGGAGGCACGCACAGUUUCUAUCCGCUUUUUUUUUUUCUCAUCAUGGCUGCUUCUUCGACCGGAAGAGGGCUGGUGGAGAACUGGAAGUGCUUGCUCGCGUGCACGCUCGUCUCCAUGAGUCCCUUUCAGUACGGAAUCGACUUUGGCGCUAUAGGAGGGUUGCAAGCUAUGAAGGGGUUUCUCAUGGUCUUUGGAAACCCAGAUCCAACAACGCCGAUAGGAUACAACAUCUCGCCCGGCCGCCAACAGCUCAUCUCAUCUCUCAUGACGCUGGGUGCGUUCGUCAGCUCGUCUUCUGCGGGCGUGUUUGCGGCGUAUCUCGGGCGUCGCCAGUGCUUGUGGUUGGCAUCUCUGCUGUGCAUCGUGUCCAAUGUCAUCAUGAUGACUACCACGAAUCUGGCUGGUCUAUAUGCUGGACGCUUGUUGAUCGGUUUAGCUAACGGCUGGUACAUGACCUUCAGCCAACUCUAUAUCCAGGAAAGCACACCAGCGCGAUACCGCGGUCUCAUGAUCUCAGUCUUCCAAUGCUGGACCUCGCUCGGCUCCCUCGUCGGCACCGUCAUCGACAACGCCACCGCCGAUAUCCCCAAUCGGAACAGCUACCUCAUCCCGCUGGGCACCAUUUACAUCGUGCCAGUCCUCAUGUCCAUUGGCCUGUUUUUCAUCCCCGAGAGCCCGCGGUGGCUCGCGCUCAUGGAGCGCGACGAGCUGGCGCUCAAGUCUCUAACGUGGAUGCGUCCUCGAGGCGACGGCGUCCAAGAAGAGCUGGAUGAGAUCCGCGCCGCGAUCGCCGCGGAAAAGGAUGUCAAGAAGGAUGCGAGUUUUAUGGAUGUUUGGAGGGAUCCGGUGGAUCGGCGGAGGACUUUGCUAGCCGUUGCCGCGAUUUCCAUACAGGCGGCUUCAGGGGCGAUGUUUAUUAUUGCAUACGGCACGUAUUUCUUCCUCAUGGCCGGAAUCACCGACGCUUUCAGGAUGUCGUGUAUCCUCACCGCCAUCGGCGUCAUCGCCAUCAUCGCGAACAGCUGCGUCAUCUCCAAGAUAGGCCGGCGAAGAGUGUUUCUCAUGGUUGGGAUGAGCAUCUGUGGGAUCUCCCAGUUCAUCAUCGCCGCUGUGUACCGCGGUGAUCCGCGCGGUGCAGCGACCGGGAAAGUACUGGUUGGAUUCACGGUAAUCUACAUCGCUGGCUACAACGGCAUGGUAGCUACAUACGCAUGGCUGUCCGGCGGAGAAAUCCCCUCGCAGCGGCUCCGCUCGUACACGUUUGGUCUAGCAUCGGCUGUGGGGUUUGCAGGCGCGUGGUUGGCGACUUUCACGGCUCCGUACUUCAUCAAUCCGGAAGCGUUGAAUUGGGGACCUGAGUACGGCUGGAUCUGGGGACCCUCAUGCUUCGUCACCGUCAUCUGGAUCUACUUUUUCCUCCCCGAGAUCAAGAAUCGCACUCUGGAGGAGAUUGACGAGAUGUUCGAGGUCAAGCCCCCGCUUCCUGCUCGCAAGUUUAGAAAGUAUGUUUGCACGGGACAUCGCACUGGUGGUGGCGGUGAGGAGAAAGUCGUUAUUGAGCAGAAGGAGAAGGAGGAGAAGAAGGAUGGUGCGGUCAUGACUGAGAAUAUCAAAGCUGGCCGGUAA